AAAACUAGCAGCGGUUGUGCGACAGACGUUCAAAGAGUGUCUGUGUGUACAAUCAAAGAAUAUAACUAGCAGCAAAGAUGUCUAACGAAAUAGCCGAAGUUGAUUUCGUGAAACUAGAAAAGACCGAUGUGCAAUAUCUAAGAACGCAUUCGCUUGAGAACAACGCAUCGACGCCGAGAAACGUAACUAACAAACUCCUGAAAUCCGAGACUGAAAUGCAAAGUGAAAACCCGAAACCCGAAAAGAAGUCCUCUAAGAAACACAAUCGGGCAAUGUCUGGGUUCUUCACGAAACUGCUCGACGGUUUUCGUAGACCCAAAGUUGCCGAUCACAACACGCCCGAUGAACCGAAACGCAAGAGCCAUAAGUUUUGGAAGUCAACGAAACUAGUCGAUACGAAAGCGGGAGCGGAAGAUGCUGUAAUUGGUAUCAAAAAAAUGACGAUCACUGAACAUUGUCACGUCCCAAGCAAUGCCAAGGCAUUAAAAAGACCAUUCGAUUCGCCUAAAGUGACGCUGACGCAAGAAAGAGAUGUUCCUCCACCGAAAAAAUCGUCUAUUGUCGUUCAGCACAAAGAUUAUCAAUUGAAGCUGCCUCCCUAUUACAAAGGAAGUCAGAUGAAAAUGCGCUCCGGUGAACGUCUAUUUUGGCUAGGCGAAACCCGCCCGUCAUCAUUCGGUCCGGCUACGUAUCAGGACUUCAAAGACAUAAGAUCGCGGUGCCUAGCUGAAGGUAGACUCUUCGAAGACCCCGAGUUUCCGGCCGUGGACCGCAGCCUCUACUACAAGGAGAGCCUGGACAGGCCCAUCACUUGGCUCAGACCUGGGGAAAUCAGCGACAACCCUCAACUUUUCGUCGAAGGCUACAGUCGCUUCGACGUCCAACAAGGAGAGUUGGGCGAUUGUUGGCUGUUGGCUGCCGUUGCCAACUUGACACUUCAUCGCAAGUUAUUCUUCCAAGUUGUACCUGAUGAUCAGAGUUUCGAUGAAGAUUAUGCGGGCGUCUUCCAUUUCCGUUUCUGGCAGUACGGGCGCUGGGUGGACGUGGUCAUCGACGACCGUCUCCCAACGUACCGAGGGAAACUGGUGUUCCUCCACUCGGCCGAGGCGAACGAGUUCUGGAGUGCUCUACUCGAGAAGGCAUAUGCGAAACUCCACGGAUCGUACGAAGCCCUCAAGGGAGGCUCGACCUGCGAGGCCAUGGAGGACUUCACCGGCGGCGUCACCGAAAUGUACGAGAUGUCCGAACUGCCGCCAAACUUCUACACGAUCCUGCUGAAGGCGUACGAGAGGAACUCUCUUAUGGGCUGCAGUAUUGAGCCCGACCCCCACAUCCUCGAGGCGGAGACUCCGGCGGGGCUCAUCCGGGGGCACGCGUACUCCGUGACCCGGGUCAAGUACGUGGACAUCGAGACGCCGGGCCGCGCCGGCAAGAUCCCGCUGCUCCGCCUGCGCAACCCCUGGGGGAACGAGGCCGAGUGGAACGGACCUUGGAGCGACAAGUCUCCAGAGUGGCGCUACAUCCCGGAGUCGGAGAAGGAGGAGCUCGGCCUGACGUUCGACGACGACGGCGAGUUCUGGAUGUCGUUCAAGGACUUCGUCAACCACUUCUCGCGAGUGGAGAUAUGCAACUUGAACCCCGACUCUCUGGACCCCGAGGAGUGUCCCGAGGGCUGCACCAAGAAGUGGGAGAUGUCGGUCUUCGAAGGCGAAUGGGUUAGAGGCGUGACGGCCGGCGGCUGCAGGAACUUCCUGGAGACGUUCUGGCGGAACCCUCAGUACACCGUCACGUUGAGCGACCCCGACGAAGGAGACGACGAGAACAAAUGUACCAUAAUCGUGGCGCUGAUGCAGAAGAACCGUCGCUCGCAGCGCCACCAGGGCCUGGAGUGCCUCACCAUCGGGUUCGCGGUGUACCGCCUCCCGGACUACGGGCACGUGCCCAAGCCGCUCGACGUCAACUUCUUCAAGUACAACGCGUCCGUCGGCAGGUCGCAGGCCUUCAUCAACUUGAGGGAGGUCAGCGCCAGAUUCAAGUUCGAGCCCGGCUCGUACGUGAUAGUGCCCUCGACCUUCGACCCUGACGAGGAGGGAGAGUUCUUACUAAGAGUCUUCUCCGAAAAGGACAACAAUAUGGCUGAGAAUGACGAGGACAUCGGUAUGGGCGAUGUUGACGACAGAGUGAAGGAGCUGGCGCCGGACCCGGAGCCGGCCGACCCGGUCCGUGAGUUCUUCACGCGGCUCGCCGGCUCCGACGGGGAGGUCGACUGGCAGGAACUCAAGGAGAUCUUGGACUACGCCAUGAGGGAAGAACUUGCGAUGCGGCACGGCGCAUACGACGGGGGCGGCGGGGUCGCGGGCGGGGGGCCCUCCCCCCGGACCCCGCUCGGCCCCCCCGGCGGCCCCCCUCAGGAACAGAGCUGCCUCGAGCAAAUCCUGUGCGCUCUCUGCACCCCUAUAUGCAAGGAGCUCGGCGUGGACCUGCAGCAAGCUCAGAACCAACCGGAGCAGGUGCAUUUGAACCAGCCGCAGCCCUACGCCAACGCUCAAGAGUUGCAAGGUCAGGGUUUCUCCAAGGACGUCUGCCGUAGCAUGAUCGCGAUGCUUGACAAGGACGGCUCCGGAGGACUUGGCUUCGAAGAGUUCAAGUCCCUGUGGAUCGAUCUGCGCAACUGGAGGGCCGUGUUCCGCCUGUACGACGUGGAGCGGCGGGGGGCCGUCCCCGCCAGCCACCUGCGUGACGCUCUGCACUCGGCCGGCUACACGGUCAACGCACACGUGCUCAACGUGCUGGCGCACAGAUACGGCACCACCGACGGGUACAUACAGUUCGAUGACUUCAUAAUGUGCGCCGUGCGUCUCAAGACCAUGAUCGACACGUUCAACUCUCGAUCUUCGGGCGGAGACUACGCCACCUUCUCGCUCGAGGAGUGGCUGAAUCGCACAGUAUACUCGUAAGCGGAACCGAACCUCCUUAACAUCGACCGGCCUGCAUGCUGGAUCCCGUCUACACUACUACAUCGUAUUUAAAAAAAAAAAACUGUCACUGUCAGUUUUGAAAAUUGUAAACUUCAAAUUUGACAGUUCGAAAAAAGAAAACGAAAAAAUACACGUCCUUUCAAUUUUAUUUGUGCAAAAAAAUAAAAUACAAUUUCUAUCCGAAGUAUAUUACGAAGAUAGAUAAUCUCUGCCUUAUAUUUAUAGAAUAUAAUAUGUAUAUUUUUAAUAUUUAUAGUUAUAAAAAAAAAACAAAAAUCUAAGUGUUCAUAAUUCGCUUGAUGUAUAACGGAAAUUGAUCUUUUGAGACGACGCCGCUUACCGUCGGGUGCGCUGUACGCUCGCCGCCACGCUCAAUGUCACUCUGUCAUCAAUUUUAAUAUAAACUCAUAAUACAGUAGGUCCACCCGCAUCGGUACCGCCUACCCACUUCUGUAUGUAUAAAGAGUGGGAUAUUCACGAUAAAACAGCAUUGAGACUACGACCUCAUGUCUCAAGCUCUACGUCACGUUGUGACGUCCAUCUGUUCCGGCUUUGCAUCAGAUGAGCUGGUAUUGCAAGAACCAAACCUUCAAGGCUUGCGGAGAGUGCUGUCAUAAGUAAUCAUCAGCGGUCUAUGAGUUUCUCGCCGGAUCUUCUCAGUUGGACAUGCUUCCGAUCCGGUGGUAGAUUCUGCGAAGCACGGCUCUUGCUAGGAUUCGUGUUAGCAAUGCCGUCAGGUUUGAGGCCCAUGAGCUCACCUACUAGUUAAGGUUACACUGAAAUGGUCUCUCAAUACCAUCAGCUUAGGCAGGAAAAAAAAUCAGGCCAUCCUAAUCAAGAGACCAUUAGACGCAUUCCACGCUAAGGCAAUAAAAAAGAAAAAAAUUACACAGUACAUUGCCUCGUCCGCACACGCGAGCGCGCAAUGUAAGCGGUCCGAAUUCUUUUCUAAAGAUCAAUUUCCAUUUUGCUAAAAUUAUAUUAAAAAUUUACUGAAACAAUACGAACUGUUCGCUAUUAUUCUCAAAGAGAUUUUUGUCUAAGUCACAAAUUAAUUAUUAAUUAACGAAAAUAAAUAACAAUAUAUUAUAAUGUAUAAUGGUUCUCAAUGAUUGCAUUAAUAUUUUGAAAUACGGGUAUGAUCAUUUGUUAAUUCGCCAACUAAUUAAUUAUCAAAAUAAUAAUUUGAGUAUUAUCAUCACUUAUUUAAUUGCAUUUUUAAAUAAUCGUUGUGGAAUUACUGUGAAGUUAACAUUACGUUAAAAAAUUAUAUACUGGUGGUAGGACGUCUUGUGAGUCCGCGCGGGUAGGUACCACUACCCUGCCUAUUUCUGCCGUGAAGCAGUAAUGCGUUUCGGUUUGAAGGGCGGGGCAGCCGUUGUACUGUGUACAAACUGAAGCUUAGUACUCUCAUGUCUAUGGGCUCCGGUAACCACUUAACACUAGCUGGGCCGUGAGCUCGAAAAAUUCACAAUUUUUUUUCCAUAAACGAUUAUUUGAAGACAAACUUUCAAACGUGUUUGCAGUAACUUUUUUUUUUAGUUUUUACAGUAUUUUUAUUAUCCACCGACAACUUCAUUCCAGUAUGCGUUUUCUUUUAGCUGAAUGUUCACAACGCGACUUAUGCGACUCACGGUACCCGUAACACAGGAGAAAAUCCUAGUUUGAGGUCGUUGUAUGAGCAACAUUUUUGUUCUAAGCGAAACCUCUCUCAAUAUCGCUUUUUGAAACUCUUUGAAACGCAGGAGCGACACUAAAAAGAGACAAACAUAUAAUUCACCGUGCGAGAGAACGAGACGGCAUACUUUUGAAAGUUUCAUCACUGCUUCUGAUAAGCUUACUGGUGUGUGGUCGCUCCGGUCGCGCGUGUGAACAAGUUCUUCUUACACGAUAAGUUUCUGUGCGAUUUAAGCUCUCAAAAACGAAAGUUCUUAAUGAAUGUUGUAUUUAUGUUAAACAAAUAAAUGUAUGCACAUUUCGGGAUUUAUUUUGCAUUUUCCUUUGCAAUUAUUUUUUUAUUUAAUUCGUAAUCAUUUAUGACGAACAUUGUAAUGUUGGAAGAUCUGAAUUAAAAAAAUUUUCAUGUGCAUUUUUGUAA